AUUGCCGGUGCGACGCAGCGAGAAUAAAGGCCGGAGUCUGUCGCCGAGCGGCUCUUCGCAGCGCGCGAUGCCCCCUUCGGACCCGCCGGUCGUCUCCGUGCCGGGUGGAGGCUUCGUCCUUUAGUUUCCCGUCGCUCGUUUCGUUGCGGCUUCGCGUCGCGUCGUCGCUUUGUUUUUCUUUUUGGGGGUGGAGGUGGGGGUGGUGUUGGAGGGGAGGGGGCGGUUGCGCCGUAAUUUCAGGUGUCCAAGGUAAAGAGCCCGCAGAAUGACUUCUUUCUCUGGCAUCACCCGAUGUCACAUCUGCAUUAGGGACGUUUCUGCCUUUGUUUUCAUAUUGUUUAUUUCAUAGAAAUCAACCGGCUUUCUUUUUAUUUUAUUUUUAUUGUUUUGGACGGAGGCGACACCCAUAAUAAUGAGGAGAAAUGUCCCCUCCUGAGAAUCCCCAUCAAUAAUCGAUAGACCAGUGAAGCCGGAGGCGGUGAUUCGGUUAAACGGGCGAAACGCUCGUCGGGUUGUGUGAUGUCCCACAUUCGCUCCGAUCCACCGGCCGUCCGGCGCCAGAAGGCCACAGACGGUUUGUGAGGCGGAGAAGGAGAUCCGUCCGGCGGAUAAAGAUGGUGUUCCGGAGUGAGGAGAUGUGCUUGGCGCAAUUGUUUCUGCAGUCCGGCUCUGAAUACGACUGCAUCAGUGAGCUCGGGGAGCUCGGGCUGGUCGAGUUCCGAGAUCUCAACCCGAGUGUCAGCUCCUUCCAGAGGCGCUUUGUCAGCGAAAUCAAGAGAUGUGAGGAGAUGGAGAGGAUUCUGGGCUACCUGCUGAGAGAGAUUCAAAAGAUUCAUAUCGCCGUUCCAGAGGAGGAUGAGAGCCCGCUCGCUCCUCCCCCCAGACAAGUCCUUGAGAUCAUGGAGCAGCUCCAAAGGCUGGAGAUGGAGCUCAGCGAGGUGACCCGAAACAAAGACAAGCUGCAGAGGAACCUCCUGGAGCUCACCGAGUACACGCACAUGCUGAAGAUCACAAGGACCUUCAUCCACAGCCGCUCCAGACACGAGGCUCUGGGUCCCCAGUAUGAAGAGUUCCCCACGGUGGACACGGACACGGUGACGGGAUGCACUGGUAUGCAAAGACUUGGAGCCAAGCUGGGGUUUGUGUCUGGUCUCAUCCAGCGGGUCAAGGUGGAGGCCUUUGAGCGCAUGCUGUGGAGGGUGUGCAAAGGCUACACCAUCCUCAGCUACGCCGAGGUGGACGAGAACCUCGCCGAUCUCGACACUGGGGAGAUCAGCAAAAGCGUCGUGUUCCUAAUCUCUUUCUGGGGAGACCAGAUCGGACAGAAAGUGCAAAAAAUCUGUGAUUGUUACCACUGCCACCUCUACCCGCACCCGGAGAACGACGAGGAGCGGGCGGACGUGUUGGACAGCCUCAGGACUCGCAUCCAAGACCUUAACAACGUGCUGCACCGCACCGAGGACUACCUGAGGCAGGUCCUGCAGAAGGCCUCGGAGUCGGCCUACGCCUGGGUUGUGAAGGUGAAAAAGAUGAAGGCAAUCUACCACAUCCUGAACCUCUGCAGCUUCGACGUCACCAACAAGUGUCUGAUUGCGGAGGUGUGGUGUCCCGUCAGCGACCUGGCGAACCUGCGUGGGGCGCUAGAAGAGGGCUCGAGAAAAGGAGACGCCACCGUGCCGUCCUUCGUGAACCGCAUCCCGAGUACCGACACUCCGCCCACCAUGUUGAGAACCAACAAGUUCACGUCGGGCUUUCAGAGCAUCGUGGAGGCGUAUGGGGUGGGGGAUUAUCGCGAGGUAAGCCCAGCCCCCUACACCAUCGUCACGUUCCCCUUCCUGUUCGCUGUGAUGUUUGGCGACCUCGGCCACGGGGCGGUAAUGAGUCUCUUCGCCUUGUGGAUGGUGCUCACGGAAAAAACCCAGAAGAGGAAGCGGUCCGACAACGAGAUAUGGGUGACGUUCUUCAACGGUCGAUACAUCAUCCUGAUGAUGGGGCUUUUUUCUAUCUACACCGGGCUGAUUUACAAUGACUGCUUCUCCAAGUCUCUUAACAUAUUUGGCUCCGGGUGGAGCGUUAAGGCCAUGUUCACAAAUCAGCAGUGGACAAAUAAAACCCUCCAAACAAAUGCUUUGCUGACGUUGGACCCCAACGUCAGCGGGGUUUUCACGGGGCCGUACCCCUUCGGCAUCGAUCCUAUCUGGAACAUGGCGGUGAACCGGCUGUCCUUCCUCAACUCCUACAAGAUGAAGAUGUCGGUUAUCAUCGGGGUAAUCCACAUGAGCUUUGGAGUGGUGCUGAGUGUCUUCAAUCACUUGCACUUCCGACAGAAAUGUAAUGUCUACCUGCAGUUCCUCCCUGAGCUGCUCUUCCUGCUCUGCCUCUUUGGCUACCUGGUCUUCAUGGUCCUCUAUAAGUGGCUGGCGUUUGGUGUACGAGACUCCAGCGCGGCUCCCAGCAUCCUAAUCCACUUCAUUAACAUGUUUGUCAUGCAGGGGAAGGACAUCACUCCUCUCUACCCGGGACAAAUUGGGCUGCAGAUCUUCUUAAUUGUGAUAGCAAUGCUGUCGGUUCCUGUGCUGCUGUUGGGGAAACCUCUGUACCUGUACUGGUUGUACCGGGGAGGCAAAGGCCUGCGCAGACGCAGGGGUUAUGAGAGAGUGAGGCGUGUGAGUGAGGACGACUCCGCAGCGCCGGCCUAUGACGAUGACGAAGACGAAGAGGAAGCACUGGACGAAAUGCCGAGCAGAGAAGCUCUUCCCAAAGAGUUUGACUUUGCGGACGUGCUGCUGUACCAGGCCAUUCACACCAUCGAGUACUGCCUGGGCUGCAUCUCCAACACGGCGUCCUACCUGCGUCUCUGGGCUCUCAGCUUGGCUCACGCCCAGCUGUCAGAGGUGCUGUGGGGCAUGGUGAUGCGUCUGGGUCUGAGGGUCACCACGAGGGUCGGGGUGGUGUUUUUGGUCCCCGUGUUCGGCCUCUUCGCCGUGCUCACCGUGUCCAUCCUGCUGGUCAUGGAGGGCUUGUCGGCGUUCCUCCACGCUCUGCGGCUCCACUGGGUGGAGUUUCAGAACAAGUUCUACCACGGGACCGGUGUCAAGUUUGUGCCCUUUGAUUUUUCCCUCCUGCCCUCCGUUUUUGAACAAGAUGGCUUGCUUUAAAACGAUAUGGACCCUGAGUUACUGCAUACGAGUGGAGGCAAACUUUAGAACUGGGGAGGGUGCUGGAAGCUGGAACAAUUCACACUGUGAUGACGACAACAAACCUUCGAGACAAUGGACUGAAACGGCCUCUUGUAGCAACCUUUUUCACCAUGACGAUUUUUGAAAUGCUAGCGUCUGUGCUGAUGCCUUACUUCUGUACCCAGCAAACCUGUGUAUAAACAGAGAUUCAACAUUACGUCCUCUGUUAACACUGUCAAUCUGAAGUCGGAUGUCGCUCAAAACUACUUCCCACACCAGUUGGGUGAGUUUUUUAUUUGCAUUGUGCUGUGUAAACUGGAUUUGUAUUAUUUACAACGAAAGGUAUUUAAAAUAUUCACUUAUACAGUGCAAUGUAAAGGUCCAACUCUAUCAGAAAUCAUAUGAAGCAUCCUGAUGUAGUGCCAUAGAGAUUUAUUUCUGAUGACGAUAUAGAGAUGCCUUUGGGUCUUUUACAAUCUUCCUCCACAAGAUGACAGAAGACCUCUAGGCAUCAAAAUCCCCAAAACAAUAACGAACAUUUCAACCCUUUUUGUGAGGCAUUUAGUCACAAAGCACUUUGUAAAAUGAUUGUAUAAUGAAAGGUUUCCACUCUUGACUGUAAUGAUGCCAAAUGAAAAUAAUCUUCAACUGUUAGCUGUUUGCUUAUUUAAUUAUUAUAGCAUUUUAUUAUUCGUAAUCUACCCUGUAAUCGAUAAAAAAAACAAAAAUACUGCAGAAAAAAUCUUUAUUUGAUGAUACUACAUGUUGCAUUUGUUAAUGAUAAUUAAUGAUGAUAUUUAUUUAAAUUAUUGUUAGUAUAGGAGUUGAAUAUUUUACCUUUUUGAUGUGUUCAAUAAAGGUUCCAAGAAAUGCAAGAAAGUGUG